AUGUCUGUGAACGUUCCCACCGACUCCAAGCAGAAGGAGAAGGAUAUCAACCAGAAGCUUCAACUGUUUGGUAUCUACCAUGCCUUCAAGAAUAGCAAACUCCCCUCGAACAAGCAAUGCGACAUCGCUUUGAACAGUGCCUUGAACUCCAAGGCCCUCGCAUCUCCACACAGGGAACUCUCAUCUGACGGAAAGACCCUUGUGGCAGAUCUGCGCAAUGUCAUCGAGGCAGCUAAGAAGAUGCUCUUGAUCAAAAAUGAGGGUGAACUCCUACAGGACUUUAUCUGGCAAGCUCAGAGGAUCUCAGGCGGAAAUGCCGAGGCUAACCGCCCUGGGGUUGCCAUCGACAAGGAAGCCGGUCAGCAAGAUGCAAGCAGAGCCGUUGAUGGCCUGAAGACCCUGGGCACACUCAUGAUCACCAAUGGAGAGUUUAGAAAACUAUUGAAUGAUGCCAUGACUCUUGGCAGAGACAUUGCUGCCGAUGCUUCUCAAAAGGCCGCCAACCAGGUCCGUCCCUCUCAAGAGGACCUUUCGCAGAUCGACCAAGCUGCAGAGGAAAACGUGUGGCACGAAAAGCCCAAUAUGUCCAAGGAUGACUUGAAGUCCAAAUUUAAGAAGGACAAAGCUAAGGCUGAAAACGAAGGCAUCGGCGCAGUCACUGAGAAUGAAGCUGGUGUGUCGCCGGAGACCAAGAAAAGGGAAUAUUCCGACAAGACCAAGAGUUACUUGUCCGAGAAGAUUCCCAAGGAGCGUCGCGAGCAGACCGUCUGGCGCCUGAAGAAGAUGAUCAUUGAGAUCCAGGGUCAUGCCGAUUACCAGCAGGCUGUUGAGACCUUGUUGAGCAUGGCCGAGCAAUACGUCGGACACACAAAAGACAUCUCUAAGAAGGGUGGCAGCUCUGCCCGUAAUGUCCUGAAGACCGACGAUAUUCAGGCUGUUCAGUACAACCUGCGCACCCUCAUCGAACGUUUUGCCAACCACACCUCUUUGGACAGCUUCUUCGAUUCGCUUAACACCAUUUACCGCGAUGCUGAGAGGGACCCUGAACUCCGAAACUGGUUCACGAAUGUUGACAACUUGAUUCGCAAAUCUCUGCGCGAGCAGGGUUUCAUCAUGGAGGAUGAGUGCAACCGCCAGUGGAACGAGAUAUACGACAAGGGCCGUUACCUCCUACGCGAGCGUUACCGUGGCCACGCCGACCGUGUUGUCGACGAGGUCAAGUUUAUGGCCGAUCAAUUCGAGAAGGACCCACAAAACCAGGCACUUUCUCUGUCGGUCCAGAAGCUGUUCAGGGAUCUGGGCCACGACGCCAGUGGCAAGGCUGCCUUCAAACCGGAUCUUCUUCGGGAUCUCCGCGACAUCAUCAUUCCCAGCAUUUUCGAGAAUGUCCGCUAUAUCCCAAUCCCCCGUAUCGAGGUUUCGGACCCUAUGGUCGAUGUUGUGGUCGAGAACCUGUGCAUCGAGGGUGACAACCUGAUGCCCAACAUCAUCGAGUUCGGCAGCGACAAUUACUUCCGCUGGGGCCGCAAGAAGAUCUCCAGCAAGCGCGAUAAUAAGGUCAUGAUCUCCAUGUCUGGGAUUCAGGCUGAUCUGCGCGAUAUCAGCUACUACAUCAGGAAGAAGGAAGGCUUCCCCGCCAUCACCGAUCGUGGAAUUAUGGACAUCUUCCUCGGUGGCGAAGGUCUUAGCGUCAAGAUCGCCGCUUCUACAGCCCAGAAGACUGACAAGGAGCAUUUCUUCAAGCUGGACAGAGUGGCUGUGAGCAUCAAGCAUAUGGAUAUCAAGCUGAGAAAGUCCAACCACAAGCUACUCUUCAAUGUCUUCAAGCCCAUGUUGUUCAAGGUGGUCAGACCUGUUCUACAGAAGGUAGUCGAGGGCCAGAUCCGCGAGGCCUUCCGGAAGGGCGACCUCUUCGCCAAGGACAUCGACACCGAAGCCAGACGUGCCCAGGCAGCCGCCCGCGAAGACCCCGCGAACGCGCCCUCCAUCUUCUCCCGCUAUGCCGAUGCCAUGCGAGCUCGCACCCAAGCCAAGGCCAAGCAGGUCGAGGGCGCUGCCAAGCGUGACACCAAGGUCCAAACCGUCAUGACCCUCCACGAGUCCAUCUUCCCUGACAUCGAGCUCCCCGGUGGUGCAUCCAACAAGACCACCGAGUAUGCUGAGCUGGCUGCCAAGGGCGAUCGCUGGGAGUCCCCCAUCUUCAGCCUCGGAAAUGCAUCCGAGUCCACCGGCAUCCCGUCCGCCGCCCCCAUCACCAAUAAGCGCCAGGGCGCCACACAAGGUGCAGGUGGCGCCGGAGUUGCUCCCGCGUCGAGUGCAUCUGGCACCACCCCGGCCGCUGUUUCUAACGGCAAUGCCACUAACGGCAACGGAUACCAGCCCCGUGGCUUCUCCGAUGAGGUUGACCAGGCUUUCGUCAAUGGCAAGCCUCAGAAUGUUACCGAGGCCAUUAAACAUAACGCCGAUGGCGUCAACGGCACCACCCACGGCACUAAUGGCGUUAGUAGCGUUAUCAAUAACACUGUUCCUACCGGGACCACCGUCUAA